UUSUGUGAUUUUUUGUCAAGCWURAUUAUGGUCUGAUUUCUUUUUAAAGUCGAUAGUUUACUAAGUAAUUCGUAUGGGAUAUUGUCUUGAAAUGUCAGAGGAGUUAUGAAGAAGGGGAAUCCUUUUCAAGUUGAGCCUCUACCGAAAGCAUUUUAUUAUCCUUCAAAAGAAAAAGAGCUGACAAACAAAGAGAAAAAGGUCUGCCUUUCUGUCCCUGUYCCACAACAAAACAAAGUGACAAGUCCUGAAGAUCUAAAAUUUCUCAAAGAUACCAAUGCGCUUAAAGUACAAGAGAUACCAACAAGGGAAAAUGGAUCUUUUGGCGAGCAGUCAUCYAGCUCUCAGUUUAAUGAAUCUUGGCCAAGCACAGAACAAAACGGAUCACAUAGUACCAUGGUGUCUGAUAUCACAUCGCCUGAAAUGUCACAACAGAUGAAAGAAUGGUUAUCUGGAAAACAAGAUAGACCAGUUACAAAAUCAACUCUUGGAUGGUAUAUUAACAGAUUUCGUAAUGCACCUCCCACCUCAAGACAGAUCCGUGAUAAGUCAUCAUUUACCAAUCAAAARCAAGGAGACUUCUGGUGGCUCUCUCCACCUAGUGGCCAAUCAACACCUGUGUUGGACACUCCACCACAAAAACUGAAACCUUCAACAUCAAUGGSUCCCAUGAAGGAGACUUGUAAGUUACCUGCAUCAACCUCAUCAUCWCCAUCUUUGCACACAAGUGAUAAAUUCACUGAAGAUUUGAAUAAAAGAGCAAAAGAGCUAUUAGAAAGAAGUGAAACAUCAAUUGAAAGUACAUCUACUGAGCCAUUUCCUCUGCCACUUAAAAAACCUGUUGUGAAAAAAACAAGAACACCUGAGACMAUACCCAAACAUACCAGUACUCCUGAUCUAUCUACUAAACUUACCACAAACACACCUAAACCAGCAAUACAAUCAACACACAAAAACCCAUGGCCUGAAGAWGAUAUUCUUUACCAGUGGAGAUUAGCCAGGAAAAUGGAGAAAGCUCAAGAAAGGGCAACAACAGGGAGAUCAGGAGGGCCUUUGGGUUUGUCUAGUGGUACUCAAAGAUUACUAAACUCUCGUAACCGUAUUGGUUACAGUCCAGUCAGUGGUUCUACUGGUUUACAUSCACAACAUUCUGAACUAUUUUCAUUACCUSAAGCUCCAGUUGUAACUGAAACAGUUUUUGAUCCACAUACUCCAGUUUGUGCAAGUACUACCAAUAUUAUAUCAUCAAUGAUUCCCAACAGUGYACCAGUCUUCACAACMGCUAGUACUGCUACRCAGCCAAACAYAUCAUCAUUUGUGUCUCCACCUUGCCGACAUAAAUCAAAAAGUGACAGUCRYGGUGGCGUACCACCCCAUAUGCAUCUAGCAUGUGAUAUUUUACCAUGUUCUUGCUCAGAAACUAUACCAAAGGCUGAUCUAAAAAUUUKCACUGCUAAAUUACCAAACCAAACAUCAGCACCUCYCWAUGAAAAUCACAUUAACCAUUCUAAUCCAGAUAGUGAAAUGACAAAUAAAAAGGCAUUAGUGGAUAAGUCUUCGUGUACUCAACAAGAUGUUKCAAGAUCAAAUCUUGACAGUAAAGAUCCAACAUCUUCUGAGGAACAAACAGUUAAAGAACCUGUAGUUAUUGCAAAGAAAACAUCAGAUGAACAUAAGAGAGAAGGCAGAGUAGACAAAAGAGACUUUGAAAGGAAAAGAAAUCACUUAGAAUCUUCUGUACAAAGUAAUGAAAAGCAAUUAGAAUCAAUUAAUAUUUCAUUAGAAGAAAAUGAAAAAACAGUAACAUCUAAAAUGAAGAGACAAACCAAGAAGAAACAAGAGGCCUUUGAYGUGGUUGAUAAUGUUAUUGGAAAGGUUGUAUCAGAACAUUUAUUCASUGGUGAUUYAUCAAGUGGUGAGAAUGAAAGYUCCAYRAUGCACUGUCAUCCUGUCAAAGUCUAG